ACACGGUCUUUGCUGUCUCUCUCCGCACUUCCUCCUUCUCUCUCUCUCUAAAUCCUAGAGAGAGAAAGUAAAUUUCAUCUCAAUUCUCGGUUUCAGCCUUUUAGAUUCAAUUCUAUCAUCACGCAUAAACAUAAAUAUAUUUUUUUGAAAUAUAUGCACCAUGGAUCUUCCGAGUUUAGCUCUAAUUUUGCAAGGUGCACUCAGCCCCAAUCCAAGUGAACGCAAAGCUGCUGAAGAAAGUCUAAAUCAGUUUCAAUAUGCACCUCAGCAUUUGGUGAGGCUGCUUCAGAUCAUCGUAGAUGGGAACGUUGACAUGGCAAUCCGGCAAGUUGCCAGCAUCCAUUUUAAGAAUUUCAUCGCCAAAAACUGGUCGCCCCAUGAUCCCGGCGAGCAAUCGAAGAUCUCACCGAGUGAUAAGGAAGUGGUGAGGCAGAACGUUCUCAAUUUUGUUGCCCAAGUUCCUCUGCUUUUGAGGGUACAGCUGGGAGAGUGCUUGAAAACUAUUAUUCAUGCUGACUAUCCAGAGCAAUGGCCAACUCUUUUGCUUUGGGUGAAGCUUAAUUUGCAGGAUCAGCAAGUUUAUGGAUCAUUGUUUGUAUUAAGGAUUCUUUCCAGAAAAUAUGAGUUCAAAUCAGAUGAGGAGAGAACACCGGUUCAUCAUAUUGUUGAAGAAACAUUUCCUCAUCUGCUUAACAUUUUUAACCGGCUUGUACAGAUAUCAAAUCCUUCAAUUGAUGUUGCAGAUUUGAUCAAGCUAAUUUGCAAAAUAUUCUGGUCUUCUAUCUACCAAACCACCACCUAUCCAACACCGACCCUUGUUGUCGUCGACGACGGCAAUACCGCGUCGUAUGGCAAACCUAGUACCACCAGCCUCACGCCGCAUAUACAGCCACACAUUCAGGCGGCGGCCCUAGGUGGAAACCCUAGCUUCGCUGCUCAAACUGGUGACGCGACCGGAGAUGUGACCACCUGGGAUGGAGUAACGAUGCUGGACGAUGGCAGUACCGGUGGACGGAUUGGAAACAUUGACCGGAUGGAAAUUCAUGAGACCAUUUCUCGAUCAGCCAUGGUGCCUAGCAUACCAUUGGAAGUGCCGUUCACACAAAAUCAGGGGAGUAAGUUCAGGGAUGUACACGGUAUGGUAUUCAAUCGUCGAUUUCGAGUGGAGGCGAAGGAGUUUCAAAUGUCUGUUAACAAUCUUGUUACUGUUAGGAUGACAGAGUGGGGUUGGAAAAUAUCGAAUGCAAUAUGUAUGGGAAGUUUUGGCGUACUUUGGAUGGUGAAUAUGGUGGAUAAGUUGAGGGUGACUAGUAGGUUGGAGGAUUUUGUCUCUAAGUUCAAUGAUUCUUCAAGAGCUUUUUUGGCACAACGAUGCGUGAACAGUCGUGGUAGAUACCUGACGAUAGCACAGUAUGGGGAUAGGCAUCGAAAGGGAGUGGUGAUGGUGCCGGAAGCUGGAGACAAGGCUAAAUGUCAAACGGUGAGCGUUGGACGCCAACAAGAGUUGACCUAUGCUGAAGUUACGACAAACACACAUGCCACGCAGAAUGUUGAUCGAAGGGUGCUAAUCCGAAAUGAAAAGGCAGUUACUGUGAGUGCAAAUGAAGGUAAUUGUAUGAUGCAUAAACAUAAGGAAGCACAUGUAGAAGGUUCAUAUGACGGUAUAUUGAAUAGUGCUGAAAUAAGGGCAGCUCGUGUCCAGACGUUGAAAGAGGAGUUGGAUGAACUUUUUAGGCUUGCGGGAUGUGGGUCUGUAGCGGAGUCCAGGAUGCUUUUUUGCCAUAAGUUUGGGGUGGGCGUGGAUGAAGAAAGCUUGGUUCCUAAGGAGCUAUCACCGAACCUUACUAAAGAUAAGGGGGAUAAUGACUUAGGGAUUCAAGCAGAUCGGGAGAUGGGACUUUGGGACCUUGAUGACACCAAGAAAGGAGGAACAGACAGUGAUAUCGGAUCGGUGGAGGAAGUAAAGGGAUUCCCAUUUGAUCUUUUGGAGUAUCGUCAUGUAGAGGAAACAACGAAAUUGAAUGCGAUUGAAAGUGGUCCCACAACUUCAAAUUGGGUUCAAAAAAUUCAAGAUUUUGGUAAGUUGGUUGGUGUGUCAUGCGAUAAAUAUGAAAGUAGACUUUUACAAUUAUUCGAGGAACUGAAGGCCAAUACGGGACAGGGGAUGAGUAUACCAGGCGGUAAAUCAAGAAGAAAAGGUGACCGCGAAUUUAAGCGGCUCGAAUGGUGUAGUGAACGAAGAUCUUUUAGGUUUGAGAAGAUGUGGCUAAAAGUACAAGGCUUUAAGGAGCGAGUACAGGAUUGGUGGGCAUCUUACAACUUCAGGGGAUCUCCCGGUUAUGUGUUGGAUAAAAAAUUGAAAGGUCUGAGGAGGCGAUAUGACUUCGGGGAUAAGUGGCGCCAUUGGAUUCAGUUUUGUAUAUCUACGGUCUCCUAUUCAGUUUUUGUAAACGACACUCUUGAGGGUUAUUUUCGGAGUAGUAGAGAUUUGAGGCAAGGGGAUCUGUUGUCUCCAUUGUUGUUUGUUAUUAUUAUGGAGGCUUUCAGCAAGAUGCUUGAGAAAGCCGUGGGAGAAAUUAUGUUGUUGCAAUGUAACAUUUUAGCCAAUGACCUUGACCUGAUUCAUUUUUGUCUAUCAUACAGUAUCUCAAAAGGCAAUAUUUACAGUCAUCUGCAACCAAGACUUGAUGUUGUACUGUUCGAGAUCAUCUUUCCACUCAUGUGCUUCAAUGACAAUGAUCAAAAGCUCUGGGAUGAAGACCCACAUGAGUAUGUGAGGAAGGGAUAUGAUAUAAUUGAGGACUUGUAUAGUCCUAGAACUGCUGCAAUGGAUUUUGUGAGUGAGUUGGUUAGAAGGCGUGGGAAAGAGAAUCUCCAGAAGUUCAUAUUAUUCAUUGUGGAGAUUUUUAAGAGAUAUGAUGAGACACCGGUGGAAUAUAGGCCCUAUAGGCAAAAGGAUGGCGCCCUUCUAGCCAUUGGAGCAUUGUGUGAUAAAUUAAAGCAGACUGAUCCUUACAAGUCAGAGCUUGAGCGUAUGCUUGUGCAGCAUGUGUUCCCUGAAUUCAGCAGUCCCGUGGGGCAUCUUAGAGCCAAGGUUUGUUGCUUCAUAUUGCUUUACUAUCUCCUUGCCAAGGAUAAUUGUUCUGAUAAUGGGAAGGCACACUAUCGUGAGAAGGCUAAGGAUAAUUGUACUGAUAAUAGGAAGGCUAAGGAUUAUUGUACUGAUGAUGGGAAGGCACACAAUGUCGUCACCCUCCUUUGCUUAGAAAUUGUAGCAAAUCUCGUCGGAGUCAAGUGCCUUGUUGCUCUGUCUGCCACUAAGCUCAUGUUCCAUGUUUCUUGUGGAUUUUUCACAGAUAUAUUGGUGCCAUUAGAUAACUAUAUAUCCAGAAGCACAGUUCACUUCCUCACAUGCAAGGAACCAGACUACCAGCAAAGCCUUUGGAACAUGAUUUCAUCUAUCAUGGGUGAUAAAAAUUUGGAGGAUGGAGAUAUUGAACCGGCACCUAAGCUCAUUCAAGUGGUAUUCCAGAACUGUAGGGGGCAGGUUGAUCACUGGGUUGAGCCUUAUAUUAGAAUUACUGUGGAGCGUCUUCGUCGCACAGAGAAACCUUAUCUGAAGUGUCUCUUGAUGGAAGUGGUUGCUGAUGCUCUGUACUAUAAUGCAUCCUUGACUCUCAAUGUACUGCAAAAGCUUAAUAUUGCAACAGAAGUGUUUAAUCUUUGGUUCCAAAUGUUGGAACAAACUAAAAAAAGUGGAGCGCGGGCUAAUUUUAAAAGAGAACAUGAUAAAAAGAUAUGCUGCUUGGGCUUAACGUCGUUGAUCCCUCUCCCUGCUGAUCAGUUGCCAGGAGAGGCGCUGGAGCGUGUUUUCAAGUCUGCUCUCGACUUGCUUGUUGCCUAUAAGGAUCAAGUAGCAGAGGCUGCAAAGGAGGAGGCUGAAGAUGAUGAUGAUAUGGAUAAUUUUCAAAGCGAUGAUGAGGAAGAGGAAGGUGAUGAAUUUGACAAAGAAAUGGGGGUUGAUGAGGAGGAUGGAGAUGAAGCUGACAGCCGUAGUCUUCAAAAAUUGGCUGCCCGGGCUAAGUCUUUCCGCUCGACUGAGUCAGAUGAUGAUGAUGAAACAGAUGACGAUUUUAGUGAUGAUGAAGAAUUGCAAUCACCCAUUGAUGAUGUUGACCCUUUUGUCUUCUUUGUGGAUAUUAUUAAAGCAUUGCAAGCAUCCGAUCCUUUGAGGUUUCAGAACCUCACACAGACACUCGAUUUCCGUUAUCAAGCUCUUGCAAAUGGCGUUGCUCAGCAUGCUGAGCAGAGAAGAGUUGAGAUUGAAAAACAAAAAAUGGAGAAGGCUGCAUCAGCUGCUUCAUGAUUUCCGGUAAAUCAACCUUGGCUUUGCUGUCUGUCCGCAUUCUUUGGUUUAUUCGAAUAAUGGCACAGAACACCAAGAGUUGUUCCAAGUUGUGGAGUUUCGGUUGCUUCAUUGGUUGCAGUUCCCAAAGACAGGCUCAUGCAAUGCAGGGAACUCAAUUUGCUGCCCAUUUUUUCCUGAGUGUGGGUUCGAUGAGUUAUUGUCUCGUGAACAUUUCUUCUACAUCAGAAGAUGCCUGUUCUCGAUGCGGGUCUUUUUGCAGUUAUACCAUUUUAUACGUCAGAUGAGAGUCCCAUGUCAAGUAAACAAGUAAAUUUCUUAGAAACCCUUCUAUAUGGUUUAGAUGGAGAGGUAAAUUCAUACAAGAUUCAUUGGCUAUGUUGUAGGUAUUUGACGACUGUUGAAAAUUUUUUGUUGGGGAUGCAUCCUAAAUUGUCUGCGGACAUGUUUGUGGUCUAUAGAGUUGGUUUGGUUUAGGGAGAUUUUGCAAAUUGAAAACUGCUCUUAUUCUUUGACUUGUU